AUGUCAAAAACUUACAACAAUGAAUGUUUCGAAGUGAAGGAGAAAAUAGAGACUACUAUGCAGCUGUUUACUCAAGCCGUAGAAAAUCGUGAAACAUAUCUUUUGGAGAAGGUUGAGAACAUGCGUGAAGGAAGAGAGAAUUUGUUUAUGUUACCGAACUAUAACUUAGUAGACCAAUUAGGGCAGUAUGAUGUACAACGGAUUAACCCGACUUCCGAUCAAAUACAUAACUCUUCUUCCCACCAAACUUUAAUGCCAAUGCAGUCCUUGCCGGCAGAAUGUGAAGGUUUCGGUACUGGUGAGCUAAAUCGUCCAUCGGGCGUUGCGAUCGAUGAUGAAGGUCGUAUUAUCGUAGCAGAUUUAAAAAGUAUCGCGUAG